GACCACAAAAAAACAAAAUGGUGCUCGAGAGUACAAUUAUUUGGUUUGUGAUUCAAAGUUAUUUUUUCCUUCCGUAUAUACUUAAUUUCAAAUCUUUCUAGUUAUAUUAUAAAAGUAAAAUUUUAUAUGUUUCAUAAAUGUUGACGUUUCAUUGUGCCGAAGAGACAAAUCUGGGUCGUUUGCAAAUUAAUUUAGCUUUGUACUGAUAGAUGACACAGCCAUUUGAUGUGAUUUGUCAAUAUAUAAUCUGCAAAAAACACAACAAAAAAAAAAAAAAAACUAAAAUUACGAAAAUAAAAGAAGUUGAUGUGAUUUGUCAAAAUAUAAUCUAAAAAAAACAAAAAAAAAAAAAAAAAAAAAAACUAAAAUUACGAAAGUAAAAGUAGGCAGGUCUCCCGACUCAAAUAAAUCAUAACAGUUAGGGCCUAACAGACAUAACUUCUGAGACUGUCUAAGUCUAGGCAUUUCCCUUGUGGUUGUCUUGCCCAAACACUGCACACUCACACUGUACUACAGACUGUACUGAUAUAAUAUAAAUAUAAUAUGAUAAAUAUGCCUUACUUAUGGCCAUUAAAUAUAAUAAAUAAGAUAUGGAUGUUCUGUACACUAAGGGCUCAUUUGUAAAUUAAGUCAAGCAAAAAAUACCUUUCAGAACCACACCCCCCUUCCCUGUCUGUCACAAAGUGUCACAAAUUCUUAUUAAUUAUUGUGCAAUAUUUAUAGCUUAUAGCUCCUAUUUUCUUUCUUCAGUGUUGAUAACAGUGAUUAUAUGCGAAAUGGAGAUUUUGUUCCAACUCGGAUGCAAGCUCAGCAGGAUGCAGUGAAUCUUGUGUGCAUGUCUAAAACUCGCUCAAAUCCAGAAAAUAAUGUUGGGCUAUUAAAGAUGGCUCAGUAAGUUUCCCUGGUGAAAAAUAUGUCUAAUUUUUUAACACAUUUAAUUUUAAUCAUGUUUAAACCUGGGAUGAAUUUUAGUUAUAUCUGAUAUAACAUAUUAUGUAGUUUACAUAAAUAUAUUACCAAUUAGCUAUUUAGUUAAAUCAAAAUUUUCUUUUAAAAAAUUCAACUAUACAUUUUUGUCUAUGUCCCAAUUUUUCAGUGCUGAAGUACUUGUGACAUUAACAACAGAUGUUGGUAGAAUUUUAGCAAAGCUACAUCAAGUACAACCGAGUGGAGAGAUCAACUUUAUGACUGCUGUUAGAGUAGCACAUGUGAGUAUUGUAAACCGGUAGCUUAAACUAGUUAUGUCUAUUGUCACGAGUUAGGACAUUUACACAAAUGCACAUGCAUGUAAAAUAACAUCUCAUUUAUUUUAUUUCAGUUGAAUCUGUACUAAAAUGGCAUUGCAAUAAAAUUGUAAUAUUUUAAAUUAUAGCUGGCAUUAAAACAUCGGCAAGGACGAAAUCACAAGCUUCGCAUUGUUGUUUUUGUUGGAAGUCCUAUUGACCUUGAUGAGAAGGAGGUAAUAUAUUUUUUUAAUCAUUUUUUAAUACUUAUUUUUAAUGUAAGUGAUCGUUAUAAUUAGUAUUUUUAUUUUUUAUGAGCUAUUUUGAUAUAAAAGAAAUUUUUGAAUUACCGUAACAAAUGAUUAAUGACCUAUCCUCUCCAUUUUUUGUUAGAUGUUCCAGAAAAUAUUGUUUUAAAAAACGCUUUGGUAUUUGACAUGUUUAUUUACAUGCCGAAAUUAAUAUUAUUUAAACAAAUAAAAUAUCUUUUUACUCCCAUAUUUCUUUGGAAAACUGUUAAUAAUACAGUAGGGCUUUGACUUCUUGAACUAAUUGGAAGGGUGGGAGUGGAUUGAAUAACAGAAGACUCUGCAGAAAAGGAUUCGUUAACAAAUUCAGUGUAUAAAAUACAAUGUAUUCUUACCAUAGUUUACAUGUAUAGAGUUUUAUUGUAAAAUUUAUUAUACAGUGCGAAUAUUGGUCUAAAAAAAAUGGUUGUAAAUGAAUAUCUAUUCAUUUUUCCUCAGAUUAUUAAAGUUGCAAAACGACUAAAGAAAGAGAAGGUCAAUGUUGAUGUAGUAAAUUUUGGAGAAGAGGUAAUUAUUUACUAAUUUGUUUAUUGAUCUUUUUUAAAAUGCAUUUUGUGUCCCAUUACUAAGAAAAAAGAUUUUAUAAUGCUAAAAAAUUUCUUACAAUUGUUUCUGCAGGGUCUCAACACAGAUAAACUCACUGCAUUUGUUAAUGCCAUAAAUGGGAAGGAUGGCACCAGGUAUAAUUCAAGUGUAUAUUUUGUUUUCUGAAUCCCAAUUAAUUAUUUAAAAAAUUCAAGCUUGUAUUAACCAUAAAUUUCAAAUUUUGAAGUGUUGGAAUCUUUAAUUUCUAAUCUAACUGAAGUCUUUGGAGUCUUUUUUAAAAGUUAUAAUUGAUUUUUUCUCUUAAUGGAGUAUUUUCAUCAUUACAAUUGAUCUGUUCAGUUACUUAUUGCAUCUAGGGGUGAUAAAGUUUUAAGCAAAUUUUUCAUUAAUGACCAAGAAACAAAAAUCUCUAUAAUAAAAUGAUACACUCUGUGUCCUGGACAAUAUGAAAUAUUGGGUAUGAUAUAAUAUGGAUAUAUAUAAAAUCUGUGGUGGCAUUCAGCCAGUGGCCCCAGUUCGAAAGGGUUCUCUCUAACAUGGACAGCCGCCUUAAGUGGAAAUCACAAAAUUUACAUUCCUUACUCAAAAAUUUAAAUGUUUAUUUUUGAUAUAACAAAAUCUAGUUUUGUUUAACGGUACUUCUUUUGUUGUUCUUUAAAGUGUUACGUAUCGUUAUAUCAUUUUGAAAAUGUAAUCUGUUUUAAGAUUUGGCUCGUAGAAUGAACUAUACAUAACAAAGGACUGAAAGUCAGCAUACAAAGAUAGCAAUAACAAAGCUAGUGAUAAUACUAAUAUUCAGUUUGAUAAUACUAUUAGAUUUCUUUUUAAAAAAUACAAUUUCAAAUAUACCGGUACAGAAACAAAAAAACUAUCAACUUACAGCACAGAAAGUGAAAAGGUACAAUCCUCGAAAAAUCCCAAUAUUAAUUUACACACACUCAUAUAGAUUACAAAGAUUACAAUCUUGCAAUUAUAUAACUUCUUGUAAAUGUCGAGAAAAAUUAGCAAAAAAAUCUCACCUGCCUAGGAAAGCUGCCGGCCUUUAUAUAAGGGUUAGAUCAGAACCAGUAAAGAAAUUCUAGAAAUUGUGUCACCUGAUAGCAUUCUUUUGAAUAAAUAGAACUUAAUCGAACGUUAAAAACCUUUUUCCAAUCAAGGGAGGGGCUGGUAUAAAGGCGUGGCACAGAGCUGCACAUUUAAUUAGUGGCGUCGAUAUCAAAACAAAAAAAAGGUGGAGGGGGAGGUGGUGGAAUGCUUUAGCUCUACGUCCAAGUUAAAAAAUAGGUCAAUAUUUAGGUUAUACCAUAUCAAAACUAUUAACAGCAUAAAAUAAACCAUCUUUCUGUUAAUUUUUUUUAUACGAUUAUUAAAACAGUCAUAAGGGCAGGGAAGAGGUUGUUAAUUAUUGAAUUCACUUCAUUAAAUGUAUAUAAAUGAAUUGCAAUUAGAAAAUCAACGAUAAAAAUGUUUAAAACAUCUUUAAAUGUUUUAACAAUGGACUACCCAAAGGGGUUUUUCUUUUUUUUCUCCUUAAAUUACAGUUUUAGGCUAUUCAUUUAUUUACAACUGGACCCAAAACGUUAAUACAUUUUUUUUUGCUCUAUUAAAUUAGCUCCCAUUUAGUGACUGUUCCACCAGGGCCUAUGUUAUCAGAUGCCCUACUCAGCUCUCCAGUUAUAGUGGGUGAAGAUGGUGCAGGCGUAAACAUGACAGGGGCUGGCUUUGAGUUUGGUGUUGAUCCUAAUGAAGAUCCAGAACUUGCUUUGGUAAAACUUUAUACAUUUUAUAAAUUGAUUUGACUUUCUCGGAAUUAAAAAAAAAAUGUUAUUUUUUGAAAAAUGAAAAAAUAAACUGGCAGUCAAUCAGCACUCUUUUUCCUAAGUCCUUAAUUUAGGGUUGUUAUUGAGGAUAUAUGUGACAUCUCAUGUUAUUCAAGGCUUUUAAGUUUUAAAUUGAUUGUUUUUCAGGCAUUACGUGUGUCUAUGGAGGAGCAAAGAGCUCGCCAGGAACGUGAAAUUAGAGAAAACACAGGAGCAACUACUGGGGAUUCAGGAGCCAUAUCAGCAGGUGAUCAAAUAAUUAUUAUUUAAGACACUUGGCUAAUUUCCUCAAUGUACUCUUUUUCACUUUUGUUAGUGUUUUUAAAAAGCAUUCAUUGUAAAUAUUGGUAACAACUUAAGUACUCAUUUAAUAAAUUUCAGCCUCAGUGGAAGAAGAGCUCCUGGAAAGAGCACUGGGUGCAUCACUGAUACCUGAUGAUUCUGCACCCCAAUCAAUUAACCCAACUCCUGUUGGGAUGGAUUUUGCUUCCAUGUCUGAAGAAGAGCAAGUGGCUUAUGCCAUGAGACUAUCUAUGGAAAAUGCAGGUUGGUUAAGUUUUGAUUUAUGCUAUAAGGAUUUAAUUUAGAUAUUAAAAAACUUUUUAUUAUGAUAGUUUUUAAAUGUGAUCUUUAUGAUAACUUCUGGCUAUAUUUCUAUACAUAUAUCAGUUAUUAUCGAUCUGUUCUUGACUAUGGUAAACUUUGGUUGUAAUUUCAAUGGGCAAAGGAAGUUAUACUAAGGUUAUGGGGCUUUAAGAUCUGUCAAAAAUCUUUCUGGAGAUGAGUAUCAAUAUAACUGUAUGCAGUCUUGAGGUGGCUUGGUCAUUGGGAGUUCAUUCUUUCAUUCAUUUAGUAGCUGUAUAGAUAAUCAUUUUAAGAUUGAUUACUGGACAGUUAGAAGAGAAUUUUAAGAAUAGCCAGAUAGAGGAGCUUGUUAAAGUGCAUUCAUGCUGCCAUGCUUCCCGUUUGUAUCUGUACAGUGACAUAUAGAAUUUUGUGACAUUCAUUGUUAUAGCAUGAAUUGAUCAUUAUUAUUCAAUGGUAUUACUACUAUUACUAGUAUUACUUGAAUUUUCAGUAUUUAGAGGAAAAGUCUCACAAAAUAGAAUUAGCACAAUUUCAAUAGAAGGGUUUUCAAUAUUGUGCACAAUGUCUUGAGUAAUUAUGAACAUUCGACCUAUGGAAAAUAUGUUUUAUAGGAUAUUGUAAAUAAAAUAUUGCUUGAUAAUUGGAUAGUAAUAUUAAUAGAAAUAAAUUUUAAUACCGGUACAUAUUAAUUGGUUAAAUUUUGGCUAUUAUUUUUUUUUUAAGGCACAAGCAUGAAGGAUAAUUCCCCUGCACCUAUGGAAACGGAAGACAUUGGUGCUACUGCCACAUCUGAUAAAAUGAUACAAGUAUGUUUUUGUAUUCAUUUAUUAGCAUCUGCUUAGUCAGUUUAAGAAUAUGGGGGAUCCUUCUCAUUGGUGGUGUUUUAGCAUCUAGUGGGCUGCUUUCACAAGAAAAAUAAUCAUUAUUAUAGUUGGGUUUAUUACAUAAAACAAUACUUGCAAUGGACUUACUAUCUUAUAAAAUAAUGGAUAUAAAUACACCUGGGACUCAAACCCAAGACUAAUUAUACAAUUAUUUGCAAUCUGAUUCACUCACAAUAAUUUGAUAACACAUUCAUGAAACAUUUUUUAUGUUUCUAUAAAUAAUUUAUGAUGUAGGCCUACUUAUCUGUGACUUGUUAUUAAAAGAACAAAAAUCCUGUGGUCUCCAAUAAAGAACAGAUUUCCUGUGUUUUUGUUUCCUAACUGAAAACCUGUUCUGAUUUUCACAAAUCUCUUUUCAAAUUAUCUUUAUCAUUUUUAAAAAAUAAGAUUAAAAAAAUAAUAUUGAACCGAAUAAUAGUAAAUGUACUUUUAUUAUUAUAUAAAUAUAAUAACUAAAUACUUUUUUUUUAAAAUAAAGAUGCCGUAAAAUGAAUAAAAUUUGGUAACCACUCUGUUUCGAUCAGCUGACCUAUGUUAAAAGCUUGCUGUGAUUGUAUUUUUUUUUAAGUGAAAAAUUUUUCUUCUUCUUAAAGAAUUAUCAGAUUACUGUCUACAAUAAUUUUGCCCAUCCUGCCCCCUCAAAUUAACGAAAACUAAAUUGGAAAGAGAAAAAUAAACUAUUUGAAGUAAAUGAAGUGUACCAAAAAUGCCACAAGGCCACCCCCACGAAAAAAUGAGCCUCCCAGAAGGAAGAGCCCUCUUGUUCCUCUCUCACUUUGCACAAGGAUGUAUGGUCUUAUAAAGUAUCCUGUUGAUCUGACAUGGCUGUUAGGAAAGCAUUAGAAUGUAUUGCAAAUAGGGUUAAGUUGGGUGGGGGUGGUGAAAAAAAUUACAGGAAGACCCUUCUUCCCAUGAGUUCUUGCAGAGUCUAAAGCUGAAAACUGGUUUGCUUAAAGAAAGUUUUAACAUUCCCAGUCUCCAAACACAGCAUUACUUGCUAUGAGCUCAUAUGAUUUUAUUUUCACUUAAUCUUUAAUUUGUUUUUUUGUCAUUGAUUAGGAAGAAGAAGAGGACUACUCUGAGGUGAUGAAUGACCCAGAUUUUUUACAGAAUGUUUUUCAAAAUCUACCUGGAGUUGAUCCAAACAGUGAAGUUAUUCAAAGUGCAAUGACCAGUUUAAUGAAGGAUACCAAAAAGGAAGACAAAAAAGAUGAUAAAAAAAAAGAAGAUAAAAAAUGAGCUUUUUAAUUAAAAGUUUUUCAUUAGUUAAUAAUUGCUGAUUUGAUUACUAAUAUAAAAAAAAGAAUUUAUCAUCGCCACAGUUUGUCCUUUAAGAAUCCUAGUUUCUUAGUUAUGUUGUCAUGAUGGUUGCUUUUUAACAAUUUCCUUCAAAUUUACACAAAAAUAUUAAGUGCGAUCUUUUGUGGCUGAAAGAAAAAUUAAAAUGGGGUAUUUAUAAAUGAUUAUCUCCGUCUUACAUGUGUACUCAAAUCCUUUUUCAGUGUCAGCUGACCUUGUGUAAAAGUGAGAUCCAACAUGUAGUCAUAUACGAUAAUUUUGUUCCAUAUUUUAGUUUAAAAUAUCAAAAUAUGAACACCUUUAACACAGCACAGUCUUUAGUGCCUAGCCUAUAUGAAAAGUAAUAAAUCAUUUUUAUUUAUAAAAAGCAUUGAAUUGUCAAAGUAAUUUUGUUUUGGUUUUAACAUUGAAUUUAUUGAUGGACUGAGCACAUUUCCUCGAUGUGACCUCAAGAACAAUUAAACUUUGCAGAAUUUUGUUUUGAAUAAAUGUUAAAUCUGUGUUACUUUGA